AUGAUUUUGUAUUAUUUAAUAAGUACAUUUCUAGGUUGCUGUGUAUCAUCGACUUCAUUAUUAUGGAUGAUUAUCACAUUAUUUAUCUUUUUUAUUAUUUUUGCCAUUUUGGGCUUACUAGCAAUUUGGCUUCUUUGUGCUUAUUAUCGAAGAAAAUCAAGGAAAAGAAUGGAAAAGGAAUUACAGCAUCGACGAGAAGAUAAAAAUCAGUUAAAACUUGAUAUGUUUCGAAAAAAGCAACUUGAUAUACAGAUGAUGACAGCAAUAAGAGAUACCAAAAUUGGCUCAAAAGAACAUCCAUCAUUUCGUUCCAGAGAAUUAAUGAAUUCUCAAAUGUCAUUUAUGCCAUAUGCUCAAUUGCAAAAGCCUGAACAAUAUCCAAGUCAUUUACCGCCUCAGUCAAUCCCAUCAACCUUACAAACUACAGCAAUUGAUAAAACUGCAAAGGAAAUUGAAGAUUUACAACUUUUACCCGCUUCCACAGCAAAAACACCGUCUCAAAAAACAGAAAAAGAUAAACAGCUCUCAACUGAGAAAGAUUCUCAAGCAACCGGUGAAAGUGAAGUUAAGGUGAAAGAUGAUGAAAAGCCUCAAUUUCAAGAACAUGAGACUGACGUUUCAAACGAAAAUCAGUUAGAUAAAUGGAAACGAAAGAAAUAUAAAAAACGGAAAUCCAAAACGGAGAAGAGAAAGACUGGAAAAUCUGAUGAUCAAAAAUAUCGUCAAACAACAUCAACGCAAAAACCGGAACGAUAUCAUCAUCAAAUUCAACCGGAUCAUGUUCAUGAAUGGAUUAGUCGUGUUGCUCGCUCAACAAGUCCAGUUCCAUAUUUUUCACCAAACAAGCGAGUUCUCCUCAUUCCUGAACUAUCCGCAGAAAAUUUGGAUGAUACAAAUGAUGAAGAAAGUGAUACGGAAAAUAAAAGUUCAUUGGAUGAAACUGGAACAAAUAUAUCGGAAAAAUUAUCAAAUUCUCUAUCACAUCCUAAUACAAUGAUGGAAACUGACGUAGAAAUAUCAACCGAGACGAAUGAAGAAAGUACACCAAUGACGCCAACGCCAAUUUCUGCUUCAGUUAAUGCACCACCAAGUAGCACAUUUUUGGAUGAUCAAUCGUACUGGAAAAGAGAAAACAAACAAAGAAAGUAUUUGAAAACGGGAAAUGAAUCAAAAAUAAUAAAUGAUGGAGAUAAUAUAAGUAAAAAUCCAACAGAAAAAAUAUUAUGGAAACCACCGGAUAAACGAGCUGAAGCAAGGUUUAAUCGAACUCUUGAAAAUCCAUGGUUUAAUACAGUGCCAACUGUCCAUUCAACAGUAUCUUACAACAGAGAGGAAUAA